CCCGUUUAGAGUCGAUGCGUCACUUCCUGCGCCGUUUCGCCAUUGGCCGGGUGCACGUGACGUCAAUCCCGGAAGCGCGGCAGUCAGUGGGCGCCAGGCCGAUCCGUGAUCGGUAGGAGCGUCCCCCGCCCACCACUGGCGAUGUGAUGGCAAAACGCUUCCAGAUUGCGGAAUUCCCUUCGGAACCGUUCCCGGAGGAGGCGGGCGGACAAAGCAGGCAGCCUGGAGUCUCUCCCACGGAGACGGAUUUCGACGUGUUCAGGGACGGGGCCUCCCAGCCUCGCAAGCUGUCUCUGCCCGAGGUCGAGGCCACGUCGUUCCGGACGCGGACCCGGUCGGAGCCAGCGCACUUCACGUGCGCCCUGCAGUACGGGCGGGAGCUGCGGAGGAUGAGCGACGAGUUCGUCUCCACCUUCACCGAGAGGAAGGGGCUGCGGAUCUCCAGGAGCGCGGGGGCAAUUGUGAGCCAGGUCUACCGGAAGGUGACGACCUAUUUCCCUCAAAGCAGGAAGGCCAGUGGCAGAUCUUGACGGACUACUUCGAUCACACCAGUAAGCAUCCCACGCCCCGGUUCCCGUUCGACUUCCGGGCUCGGCCUCUGCCCCCUCCCCUCCCUGGUAAGGGGGCAGGAUCCAUGUCUGGCUGAGGGAUAGAACAUUCGACGCAAGUUUCUUCCAUGUCCAUUCCCAUCCCGGAUGGCCCACUUCAAGGGGCCAGAUAAACUUGGCAACGAGGUGGUCAGGAGUCACUUGUGGACCGAGGCCUGGGAAAAUUCUCUAAAGGAGGUUAACUUAGAAUCUUUCCCCUUGAAUCUACUUUAGUCUUUAGUAAUGCUUUCUUAUAGGACCAUAGGAACAGAAUAAGGCCAUUUCGCCCAUUGAGUCUGCCCCGCCAUUCGAUCCUGGCUGAUCUUUUUCUCCCCUCCUCAGCCCCACUCCCCGAAACUUUUGACGCAGUGUCCCGUCAAGAACCUGUAUCGCACACUGCGAAUGUACGGGAUACAGAGAUGGGGACUGUGCACGGUGAUUCCCAGAGUGGGAUAUGGAGACCGGGAACUGUGCAUAACCGAAGACAUAUUUUAGUAGUAUUUUUAAAUAUAUACCUAGUAUUUUUUUCCUGCAUGAAGUUGUAGCCUAUUUUUACCGUGCACCAUUUGUAAUUCCAGGGGUGGGUUUUGGUGAACCUUUCGGAGCUGACUUCCAGCUAUCCUGUAAGUCUGCCCCAGGCUUACAGUGGGGCAGUGGGCACUGUGGUCAGUCUAAGCAGACACUGCUGAGGUGUGGCCAUCUGUCGGGGUGGGGGGUAUUAGGGUAGGGUGCUGACACUUUGGGCUGCUCCCCCCCACCCCCCAGCACACCUUCAGAUUGUUAACGGUCUCACUGGGACACUUCACUGUAUGGGCUGGUGUAUGCUCGACAAAUAAAUUUGAAUCUCGGGUGAGUUGGCUUUAGUCCAGAGCAGGGUUCUUGAUUUUUUCUGCGCCAUCGAACCCCUGCCAUUAACUGAGGGGCUCGUGGACCCCUGGUCAACAGAGACACUUGACGCUUCACAAUUCCAAUCCAGCCACAGCGCAGUCCCUGAACACCAACAUAUAAACCACGCCACUCGACCCAGGAACAUCAGGGGACACAAUAUUGACUUGCUCAGCUCCUCCAGCAUUUUCUGUGUGUUGCUGAAGCUUGCCAGCAUCUGUGAACUCUGUUCACGGAUAUAACCUCAUAAAUUCCACAAAGAACAUGGACUCGAUAUCCAGUUUCAUGAAAUGUUUGUGUGACGGAUGAACUGAAAGCUGGUGUAUUCUCUCCCCCAAACCAAGGAUUUUUUAAAAUGAUGGCUUGUGAUUAAGCAAUUGUACCAUUUAAAAGAUAAUAAAUCUUUGUUUAAUCUACA